GGCAUAGUACACCCAACCAGUGCACUGCUUGAUUCAGGCGCUAACAGCAUCUUCAUAGAUCAGGUCUGGGCAGAGCAAGUUGGACUCCCCCUUGUAAAAUUAGAUAUAUCUAUUCCUGUCUAUAAUGUUGAUGGUACACUUAAUGCGGCUGGCUGUAUUACACACAAAUAUUCUUUUGUUGUUGAAUGCCAAGGACACAGAGAACCAGUCACCGCCAAAGCAACCCAACUAGGGAAGAUUAAUUCAAUCUUAGGCUGGGCCUGGCUAUACAAACACAACCCUGAGAUAAAAUAG